AGAUCCAUCAUGACCCGCUCCUCCUCGACUAGCCGCUCCCUCGCCGACGUACCUCCUUCCUCUUUUGCUUCCCGACGCUCCGACGCAGGGAUGAGAUAAUAAAGUCAAGCAGCCGACGCAUGCUGCUACAUCCCCUCCUCAGUGGCACCUGUGAACCCCCACUGACCCCCUACUGGAGUUUAUUUUCUUAACUGAACCCCUGAAACUAUGACGACGCCGGCUCUGCUGCCGCUGUCGGGUCGUAGGAUACCCACUCUGUCGCCGGGCGCCUCCUCCUUCACGCACCACAGAGCUACUUUGAGGCUGUCGGAGAAAUUCAUCCUCCUCCUCAUUCUCAGUGCCUUCAUCACCUUAUGCUUCGGGGCCUUCUUUUUCCUCCCGGACAACUCCAAGCACAAGCGCUUCGAUCUGGGCCUGGAAGACGUGCUGAUCCCGCACAUCGACUCGCCUAAAGAGGGGAAGCAUGGCUCAGGGCAGGUGAUCAUACAUGGCCAAGGAGGACACGAUGAGAACAGACACAGGGAGGAGGAGGAGAGCCUACGCAACAAGAUUCGUGCCGACCACGAGCGAGCACUGCAGGAGGCCAAAGAGAAGUUGCGAAAGUCUCAUAAGGAGCUCAAGGCUGAGAUCCAGACGGAAAAGGCAAAAGUUCUGGAGGAUCUAAAGAAGAAGGAAGCAGGCCCUAAACCCUUACCCCCUGUCCCCAUGCCUAAAGUGGUCGGGGUCAGCGACGGGGAGCCACUGGAGGCGGACAUCAAAGAAAAGCGGGAUAAGAUCAGAGAGGCAGUGAUGGCGGAGUCCGUCCUCAUCAUUAAAGGUUCAGGAAGGUUCUGA